GGUUGACAGUUUCUCUUUAGUUCUUGUAGAUCACCUAACGUUUUGGUUAUUAUUAUUGUUAUUGUUUAUUAUUAUUAUUAUUAUUGAUCUUUAACAUAGACCUAUCCAAUGAAUGAACAAUCGGGAAAACCGUGCCUAGUCGUGGAUGAGAGCUAUUCCAGAGCCGAUGCUUCUCUCUGGGAUGAUAGCGAUCUCGUGCGGCUGUGGAACGAGCAGCUGAAGGUGAUCAACCGCAAGGGCGAGCCCCACGGCCUCAGCCUACCGCGCGAGCCCUCCCAUUCGCACGAAAGCCCUACCGAUAUGGACGAGGGGGCCGAAUCCACCAGCAUCACGGCCAGUAGCUUCAGGGAAUCCCCGGAGGGGAGUACAUCGUCCAUCCCCAACGCCUUAAGCGCGACCUCCGACUCGGCGCUUCGCAAUCUCUCGACGAGAAAACGCGCGCGACAUGAGCCUCACGAGGGCCUUUCUUUGCAAACCGCCCUCCCCAUCGCCCAUUUACCUCGUGCGGUACGGCAGUUGGUGGUCUCUUUCUACACCGCGGGGUAUGAGGCGGGGAAGUACGCCGCUCAGACCGAGGGACACCAGGGAAAGCGGAAACGCGACCAUCAUUAAAUCGGAGGCGAUCCAAUAUUUCAGCCGAGGAAGGUUCGAUAGUGCCUAUAAAGGAUUGAUAAGCGUGCAUGCACACCAACCAUAAAAGAAGCUUGAGAUGCUCAGAAAAGAAUUUUAAUCGCUCCUACCCUUUUUUUCCCCUUUAUUUUGGGCGUGUUGAAUUGAGGGAGGGGAUAUUAUUUUUCAACAUUAUCUUCAUAAAAA